GAGGUCCCAGCGUCGUUCGGCGCGGGACCCGGCCUACGGCGUCACAAGCGCGGCUCGGUCCGUCCUUUUGGGCGAGAUGCUCCAGUCUCGUGUGAGCAGGCGCGAAGACCUGCAGAAGGCCCUCGACAAUAUGACAGCUGACGACCCGGCGCGUGAGAACACAGAAGCUGAGCUUCAGGAGCGGGGCGCUGUCAUCAAGAACCUCAAGGAGGAGCAGACGGCCACGCAACGGGGCACAAAGGCUGGGCACAGUAGCCGACAGGAGCGGGACAAGCCGGAGAUGGCAAGAGAGCUGAGAAGCACCGUCUGA